AUGUUUCCACUCAAUCAAUCGACAUUGACGGGGACAAAACUCUCAAUCAGGAGCAAACGUCUCACAUUUCAUUUUGUGGGAAAUUGUGAUGAAACAAUCGAUAAAAUCGUUAAUGUCACAUCAAAUAUUAUGAUUGAUCAUCGUUUACGAUUAGAUUUUGCCAUGUAUCAAUAUUUACAAGAGAAAAAUGACUUCAUAGCGCGACUUUUAAUUGUUCUUAACCAACAGUCGACUGAAAGUCGGGUACGUCAACAAUUUAAAAAGAAUUGCCUGGAAUUUAAUCAACAAGUUAUUCUAUCGGAAAGAAAUCUUCAAGUAUUUUUAAUUAAACAAGUGCAUUGUGAACAACAAGCACUCCCUCGACAAGAAAACGAGAACUCAGUUUCAUUACUUUCAACAACUCCAAACUUGUCUCGUUUUUUCCGACAAACCUAUGACCGAUCAGCGUCAGCAUACACAUCGAAAAAGAAAUCACAUCGAUAUCAUUCUUCAUCGAUGAACAUGAACAACGAAAAAGCUCGAUCUACGUUGUCUCGAGCUGACGAAAAACUGGAUCGAACGGAUUCAAAAAAGGAUUUCGAUAGUCAUGUCAGAGACCCAUCGAAGAUCUAUAUCAAACUAUUCGACUGUCAAGCAGCGUGCAGACGGCUGACUGAGAAGUACAAACAAGUGAAGCACUACUCUUCACAUCGGAUUAAACCAUCCAAAUGGCCAAUUUGUUACCGAAAUUUUCCUUCGUCAUUCAAUGCAUUAUCGAAGUCUCACAGAGCAAAUAAACAAGUUCUGAAUCAAUACUGUUCGAAGUCAAUCACUGACAAAUCAACUUGCCGAGAAAAGUAUCAAACAGAGAUAUCGAUCGAUGUUCGAAAGAAGUCGUGUCAGCAAUUGCUUAAAGAUAGAAGAAUCGAUGAUGAAUUUGUUUGUUUCGGAAUUGGUGCGAUUGAUUUGAUUGAUGGUUCAGAAGGGCCAACACUAUGUUUGAAGCAAAAUGACAUAAAACCAGAUGAAAGUAUCUGCUUAUAUCGAAGGGCUUCAUCGAACAGGGAACUGAAUUAUGAAAAGGGAGAUAAACAAAAAUCUUCCGAGGUUUUCUUUCAUCCAAGUUUCGAGCGUGAUUCAAAUCUAUUCACCAAUCAAACUCUGUCAAUAGACUAUGAAAGCGACUAUUAUACCAAUAUUGACCUUGAAAUUUCCUUAUUAAGUGAAAUGGACAUUUCAACAACGUAUCAAUGUCCUUCCGCAGCAAUUAUGUCAGCAAAUCUAGUACCAAUAUGUCCUUUGACAGUCAUCAAUUGUCGAUUGUCAGCAGCUGCAGUACAAACGCCAUACUUGCCACUUGCAAUUCAUAUGUCCGACACGUCAGAUCUGUGGCAAUAUCGACCAUUAUCGACUGUCAUACUUCUGAAGAAUGAAGAUUCUCAACAAGAACAUUCACCCAUACAAUCUGUAAAUAUAUUAUUCGAUCGGGAUUUUCGUUUCACAAAUGAUCAACAGAUAUUUGAUAGUGACAAUGAACAAUCGAAGGAUAAGCAAGUUAUAAAAAGUAACUUAAGCUCGACUAUUAAACCAGUGCUGGAUAAACUGCAUACUUCAUUUGUUGAAUCGAUACUAUUUGAUGAUAGAACAGAUCUCCAAGAAACUGAUCUUCAUUCAGACUACAGUCCUAUGACUACAAUUUCGGAUCAAGGUCAAUUGAUCUCAUUAGAUACUAUUUUGGAAGGUAUUCUCCUUAGAAUUGCUCUAUUUAGAACUUCGUUUGAUAACCGUGUUUCUCUUCAAGCUCAGCAAUCGGCUGAGAAAACACUCAAUCAUUUCGACAGUGAAAUGCCGUCUCCUUUGUUAAUUGAACCAUCGCGAUCCUCCCUAUCUAUUGCAAGCAUAGAGCAUUCUAUCGACGAGUUUGUAUCAACAACGCAUAUUGACGUCCAAGACAGGGAACAACAUCAAUCGAUCACAACUCCGACAAAUGUACCUCUAUCGGUGUUGCAUAAGCAUAAUAGUCAUGAAAAAAUUGUAUCUACAGCUGCUGCUGAAGCGCAGACGUCACUACUUGAGUCGUUGGACACUUACAAUCACUCCUUAAUGGAAAACACCGGUCUCAAACACAUUAAUUUAAAAAUAAAUCAUAGUCUGUCUCUGGUGAACGCCAUUAUCUCAAGCGAAGAAAAAGCUACUUUAGCGCAUUCAUUAUUACAUCACUCAAAGUACUCACCAUUAAUGUCUGCAUCUUCUAUUCAUAGAAAACCUUCAUCAAGUAGUUUGAAUGUAUCUCUGGUGCAUCAUCCGAAGAAAUCUAGACCUAACAUCGCGACGAGUGCAUGUCAACCAUCAACUAAGAAGUCGAAAAUGUCACGUAACAUAAAGAAGUAUCCAACGUCAAGCGAUCUACAUGUGCGACGCCCACAUAAAAGAUACUCUUCACCGGAUCAGAUGAUGAAUACGCAAUCGAAAGCUCUUUCGAGACGAAAGAAUACGACCUCAACAAUGACUGGAAAGAAACCAGUAUCUAAAAUCCAACCACCCUGGGUAUCGGUAUAUACAAACGCUGCUCGUCAGACUAAGUCUUUCAAACGUACAACUCUCACACCAAAACAAUGUGAAAUUCAUUGCCAAAUCGUACCACCUUGUACGAAACUUGAACAUUUCUAUUGUCGACCCUGCCGACAUAUCCCUCCAUGUUCGGCUGUGAAAGCAGCUAAUCUCUGUACGAUAUAUUUAGCAUAG